AUUACAUUAUAGGUAAUUUGAGACAUGACUGCUGAUGAAAGGCGAGAGCGAGCACUGGUGGAAUACCGGAAAAAGCUCAUGGAGCACAAAGAAAUUGAUGCUAAGCUCAAGAAAAUGCGUGAGGAACUGAAAGACCUUCAGAAAGAUUUUGACAAAUCCGAAAAUGAUCUUAAGGCUUUGCAAAGUGUAGGUCAGAUAGUGGGUGAAAUGCUGAAACAGCUGACUGAAGAAAAGUUUAUUGUAAAGGCAUCCAAUGGUCCACGUUAUGUGGUUGGUUGCAGAAGGCAAAUUGAUCGUGCUAAGUUGGUGCCAAGCACCAGAGUUGCUUUGGACAUGACUACCUUGACAAUUAUGAGAUGCUUGCCUCGAGAGGUGGACCCUCUGGUUUACAAGAUGAGCCAUGAGGAUCCUGGUGAUGUGAAGUACUCCAAUGUAGGAGGUCUAGGUGAGCAGAUCAGACAGCUACGAGAGGUUAUUGAGUUACCUCUCAUCAACCCAGAGCUCUUCCUUCGUGUUGGUAUAACCCCUCCUAAAGGAUGCCUGCUGUACGGUCCUCCUGGAACAGGAAAAACACUUCUUGCAAGGGCAGUUGCUUCUCAGCUGGAAACAAACUUCUUGAAGAUUGUCUCCAGUGCUAUUGUUGACAAGUAUAUUGGUGAAAGUGCCCGAUUGAUCAGAGAAAUGUUUAACUACGCCAGGGACCACCAGCCUUGCAUUAUUUUCAUGGACGAGAUCGAUGCUAUUGGAGGACGUAGGUUUAGUGAGGGUACUAGUGCUGAUCGUGAGAUCCAGAGAACUUUGAUGGAACUUCUUAACCAGAUGGAUGGAUUCGAUACUCUUGGUAAAGUAAAGAUUAUCAUGGCUACAAACAGACCAGACACACUGGAUCCUGCUCUUCUCAGGCCCGGAAGACUGGAUAGAAAGAUCGAAAUCCCUCUACCUAACGAACUUUCUCGAAUGGAUAUUCUCAAGAUUCACUCCUCUAAGAUAACAAAACAUGGUGAGAUCGACUACGAGGCCGUGGUGAAGCUCUCAGACGGUUUCAACGGAGCUGAUUUGAGGAACGUGUGUACUGAAGCUGGAAUGUUUGCUAUCAGAGCUGAGAGAGAUUACGUUAUACAGGAAGAUUUUAUGAAGGCUGUAAGGAAGGUCUCGGACACCAAGAAAUUGGAGUCUAAACUGGAUUACAAGCCUAUCUAAUUUACGGACUGAAUUUUGAUACGGACAGUAGAAAUCAAUGUGUUCCUAGUUUUUGUAGGGGAAUUGUGUAAUUAGAACUUUUGGGAGUUGAUCUUCUGACGAUAAGUUUGUUUCACUACACGGAGUUGUAUAUAAGGUUGGGCUGAUCAUAUUGUAUUGUUCCAAAUUAAUUUGUACGUUCAUUGCUGUGACAUAAAAAAGUCAAUUUGCAAUAAUUCUGUCUGUGAUUUGUGCUCGUACUAUGCAUUCGA